UUCAUCUGCGGACCAAAUUCAAAUCUCGUUAGUCGUAGGAAGUGCUCGUGAAAUUGUUGGAGUAAUGCUCAUUGGUCAUCUUGCCAAAGGAUGCACAUCCCAACGCCCUUUUCCCCGUCGCAAAUUCCCCCCUCCCCCCUGUCAGCGUCUCAUCUGUCAACACACUGCCAACCUCUCUCGCUCUCUCUCUUCCUCACAGAAACACCUUUCACGCUCUCCCGGAAAAUUGAAGGUCAGCCACACUCGCAGUCUCACGUCUUCACCUUUACUUCUCUAUCUUCUGAGACUACAGAUAUGAGAUCCACCAAUCCUGAAGGACUUACCGUGUUCUCUCUCUACCAUUAUCCACCAGCAGAAAAAGAGGAAUAGGCGAGCAGGAUCAAGUGAGACAAGUCUUUCAAGGUUCCAUAUCCCCUCCACAUAUCUCAUUUCUGAUCACAUCAGUAUACCUCUCCUUCCUUCAAAGAGCACGUUACACCUCUCCAUAUCUAUAUCUGGCUGUUGUUCUUAGAAGAUCUUAUCUUCCACACUUCCACAUCGCUUUUCGCAGAUCCGACUGCUGCAGCAGGAUCACACUUCUCUCUCUCUCUCUCUCUCUCUCUGUUUGCUCGAUCGAAUGAUUAGUGUCAUGAUUCAAACAUCAUUUUCUGUACAUGCAGAACUACCAAACAGGUGCUGCAUCACAUAGAUCAGAAGUACCACCGAGUUCCACGCUAUCAUGGACAUGAUCCCCAACCCUGACAAACCUUCCUCCUCCGACAGCUGCGUCGCUGGCCCCAACUCCUUCCCCGCUGCCACCGCCCCGUCGCCGAGCCGGUACGAGUCGCAGAAGCGGCGAGACUGGAACACGUUCUGCCAGUAUUUGAAGAACCACCAGCCACCGUUAUCACUGUCGCGGUGCAGCGCCGCCCACGUGCUCGAGUUCCUGCGCUACCUGGACCAGUUCGGCAAGACCAAGGUCCACACUCCGGCGUGCCCCUUCUUUGGCUUCCCCAACCCACCCGCCCCAUGCCCUUGCCCCCUCCGCCAGGCGUGGGGAUCCCUUGACGCCCUCACUGGCCGCCUCCGUGCCGCAUUCGAGGAGAAUGGUGGCUCGCACGAAGCCAACCCCUUCGGUGCACGAGCUGUCAGACUCUACCUCCGCGAGGUCCGCGAGUUGCAGGCCAAGGCUCGCGGCAUCAGCUACGACAAGAAGCGCAAGAAGCCACCACGGACGACGCCUUCGCCCCCGCAACAUCAUCACAACCCUCACAGCCCACCAUCCGGCACCACUGCAGCUGCCUAAUCCCCACCAUCCGAAGUACUAUUAUCUAUACCUCUCAACCUCAUAUGAUGUGCAUGCCAUUGCCUUCAGUAGAGUUGCUAAUAUGAACCAUAUGUUCCUGCUAACAUGAAGGGUAGCAUACUGUUACCACUACUAGCAUGAGUAUUGAUGGUAGAGCCCUGUGCCUUGAACUGAUAGUUCAUCGUGUACCUUUUCCUUUGAGUGAAAGCCAGUUAGUUCA